AAAAUUAUACCCAAAAAAGAAGGAAAAAUUUUUUUCUGAUGUUUACGAACACAACUGAAACAUACACUGAGCUCAACUCAUUCUGUUUCACUUUUCUCCCUCGCUAUCGUUCAACAGCAGUCUGACACCCGCCGUAGCCAGUGUUGGAGCCACCGUACCAACAGCCUCCAUUAUUUUCAUUGCACCUGCUAUCAUCAUUUUAUUUUUUUCACCUCACCGGAGUUCGAGAAAGAGGAGAGAGGCACUUUUGCAUCUACUUAACCUGACUAUUGAAUGACUUGGUUGACCCAAGAAAGAAAGCAUAGCUGGAGGGUAGCUUUCGAGCAAGCUGUACUGGGACUUCCAUUUUUCCCUGACUCUACACUAAUAGCAUUACAGGGUAUUUCUAUAUUCUCCCAAUGGAAGAUGACAUGGAAGUAGACCACAAGCGGAGAAAAACUGCUCCUGCAGAUUUGUGUUCACAGUGGAGCAAGUGGCAACUGCUUGAUUCCAUUCUCCCUACGGGUGGUUUUGCACAUUCUUUUGGUCUUGAGGCAGCAAUUCAAGCACGGAUAAUCUUGGGUCCUGAAGAUUUUAAGACUCAGGUGAUUCACAUUUUGGAGAAUACAGGGAGUUUGCUUCUUCCUUUUGUGUACUCUGCUACCAUAUCUCCAGACUUGGAUAACUGGCAAAAACUUGACAGAAGAUUAGACGCAACUUUAACGAAUGAAGUAAGUCGAAAGGCAUCCAUUGCACAAGGGUCAGCUCUCAUGAGGGUGGCUGCAGCUGUAUUUACUGAAAUCCCAUCUUUUAAAACCAUGAGAGAUGCAGUUCUUGUUUCUGGGGCUGUUUCUUUCCAUCAUGCUCCUGUCUUCGGUGUUGUAUGUGGUCUUCUUGGGAUGAACACUGAAACUUCUCAAAGAGCAUACUUGUUUAUUACAAUGAGAGAUGCCUUUUCUGCUGCAACAAGGCUCAAUUUGGUCGGACCCCUAGGCGCAGCUGUGCUGCAGCAUCAGUUGUCUGUUGUUGCUGAGACUGUAUUGAGAAAGUGGAUGGACCAUGCAGUUGAGGAAGCUUGCCAAACAGUUCCCUUACUUGAUACUCUACAGGGCUGCCAUAGCUAUCUGUUUUCGAGAUUGUUUUGCUCCUGAUGCUUCAGGUAAAUGUAUAUAUUCCUAAUGUAAUCAACCUUUUCUUGCUCUGAAUUCCAAGGAGUAAUGUUCAUGUGUAUGCGCCAAUAUAUGUCAAGUUAGUCCUAGAGAUGGAGAGAAGAGUUAAAAACUGAUGUAAGCAGGUAUUUUAGAACUGGGAUCAAAUUCUAGAAUUAUGUUUUCAAGGAAACUUAAUUGAUCAUGUAUAUUUUCUACCUACUUUAAUUAGGGUCAAAAUAUUUUAAUUAUUCU